UUGAUUAAUUCUCACAAAAAGGUUUUGUAGAAAUUAUUAGUGUCAGUAUCUUGAAAACAAGUUGUUACAGCAACACAGAAGACAAAAGAAACUUUUCAAGUCACAAAUCACGAGAUGGAUAAAAUGUCAUUACUACCCAGCAGGUUUCGUAAUAUAAUGUAAAACAAAGCAGUACAUUACUAUUCACUUGUACUGAAUGGAGUGAUAACCGUGCUUUGACAAAAUAAUCUUAGCUCAAGGUCCACUUAUAAACUUUCAACUUCAUUUAACGAUGACGUCCAUCUGCCUUUAUCACCAUGAGAUGCUGUUGAAAGCUCUGGAGAAAGCUGGAUAAAUGGAGCUCAGAUUAUUUUGUCAAACUACCAGUUUCCAAGGAGAAGAAUGAACUGUCACAUAUAAAAGUGUUGAUUAUAUAUUUUUCUAAUGAAUGUAAUAUUUUUACAUCAAUAAAACAGCAUGGUAUUGAUGUUCAAUAAGCUGAUGGUGUGUCCUGUUCAGUUCUGUGUAACACAGGAAACGAAGACGGUCGUCGACAAAGAGCAGCAGCAGCAGCAGAGAGACAAACAGAGCUGCUGUUGAGGUGAAGACACCGACAUGAUGGACAGAAACAACCUGAUGAGAGUUCUGCUGCUCGCCAGUCUGCUCCUAACAGAUGUGAGGUGCGAAAAAGAUGCCGUGUUUGUGUACAGUAGACUCGGAGGCGAAACCCUCCUGCCAUGUUUCAAACCGGAGUCCGAAGACUGCUCCUCAAUCACCUGGACCUUCUACAAAAGUGGCCAGGUGCGGUACACCGAGGAGGUCAUCGAGGGUCAGGUGAGGGCGGACUCAGACAAGUCCAGCCGCAUGUCCGUCAAACCCAACUGCUCCAUCACCCUCCGUGACCUCAUCGUAGCCGACACCGGCUCCUACGUCUGCCUGAAGCACGGAAAACCCAUCACUGACGUUUACCUCUCUCUCCUCACCAUCACUUCAAUCUCCACCAUCACUGACCUGCAGCCUGGAGGAAACCUCACUUUGAGCUGCAUCCUCUUCACUUACUAUGAUAUCGGGAGCUGCAAAGCAUACUACAGCAAUUUCAACCUCAGCUGGGUGGCUGAGGAUGGUGCCACGCUGCCCAGAGACACCAGGUACGAGCAGAUUUUCCGCGCUCGCUGCAACAUCACUCUGGUCAUAAAACUCCAGAUGGAAGACAACAACAGGAAGUGGCGGUGUCAGGUGGACACCACAGAAAACAGCACGGGGUUAUUUCUGGACUUCACUUCUACCUUUUUGUUCCAAAACACGCCCACUGCCCAGAAUGUGGUUCCUUCAGCCCCCACAGAUUGUCCAGUCCAGCUGCCCAUCAGCCGCAUCGUGCUCUGUGUGGCCCUGCCCGUCAUGGUGCUCAUAGUGGGAUUCUUCACAUGGAGAGGAGACCGGAUGAGGGCCAAAACAUCUGCAACUGGCAUCGAGCUAAAGGAAAUUUAACUGACUGUUCAUCACUGUAUCUGUUCUUGUGUUAUACUUUGAAAUAUAGCCAGUUACAGAAUGCAAGUUGUGUGGCCACAUUUAUAUUUAUUAACAUUUAAUGACUGUAUUCUCUAAAACAGCGCCUUUAAUUUGACUUGUAAAACCAGUUUUUAUAACAAAUCUGUGUUGUUUAAGAUUAAGUUCUUAAUUCACCACAUUACACAAUUAAAAAUUAACCAGAGCUGAAAUAAUUAGGCAGUUAUAACAUUAGUUUAUUGACAGAAAAUCAAUCAGCCACUAUUUUGAUAAUUGAUUGUUUUAGAAUUUGUUUUCUAACUGAGCCCUGGUUGCAGCUUCAUAAAUAUGAGGAUUUGCUUUGCAAUGAUUUUACAUCAUUGCAAAGUGAAUAACUUGUCUGUCAAAACAAAAUAUAAAUUAUAAAUAAUCGGUUAAUUAGGAAAAUAAUUAUCAGUUCAAUAAAUAAUGAAACCAACUACUAUUUAAAUUUAAAUCAAACUAUGAAUUAAAAAAAAAACUAUUUUGACUCAACACUUUUACAAAAUCUUAAAAGUAAUUUUAUAUUAAAUUUAAAGGAUAAAAUAGGUUCACAUUUUUUAAAGUCUAGCAGAUAAUUGUAAGUCAAGCAGAUGAUUGUACUGACUUACUCGCCAGAGUAAGUUUUUACGACAUUUCAGGAUUAUGAACCCCAGGUAUAUAUAAAUAUAGGCAGAUAUUCAAAAUUGACUAUGAUCUGUCCUCAUUAUAUAGCCAGAUUUAAAGGAUACAUUCAUAUUUUUUUUAUCUUGAAUAAAACAAUACUAACAUGCCCAUAUGUAUAUUGAAAGGAUUAAAUUUGCUGUAAUUGUUCUUCUUGUGCAUUCUGGCUGCUAAAUAUAUAAACAAAGCAAUUUCAGUGUAAGUGGUGACACAGAAUGAGGAAAAAAUGUGAUCCCCUCCUUUAACCUAUUUUACCCGACAAACCCAGACGAGGCCUUAACGUUACUAAAACAACACUCCAAGUGUGUUUCAUCCAAAAAAUGUUUGUUUGGCAAUGAUUUCAAUAUUUUAGUUACAAAAAUCAAUGCGCAAUAAAUUGUAUUUUUACUUUAUGAUAUUUUUGGCC